ACCAUCCUGACUGCCAGGAACAUCGUGGUCGCCACGGGUGGACGGCCGAGAUACCCCACAAAUAUUCCUGGAGCAGUGGAGCACGGCCUCACCAGCGACGACAUCUUCUGGCUGAAGAAGUCGCCCGGGAAAACACUUGUGGUUGGAGCCAGCUAUGUGGCUCUGGAGUGUGCAGGUUUCCUCACCGGCGUCGGCAUGGAUACCACAGUGAUGGUUCGCAGCAUCGCCCUCCGGGGGUUUGACCAGCAAAUGGCAGGCCUGGUGACGGACUACAUGGAGGCAUAUGGGACAAAGUUUGCGUGGAGGAGUGUCCCGAAGAGAGUGGACAAACUGUCCUCAGGAGCCCUGCAGGUGACCUGGGUGGAUUCCCUCACAGGCAACGAGCAGAAGGACACCUUCGACUCAGUGUUAUGGGCCGUCGGCAGAGCCCCUGAAACCAAAGCCCUCGGCCUGGACAAGCUCGGCGUGCAACUCAACAAGCAGACGGGGAAAAUAGUCGUGGGCGCCGACGAAUCCUCCUCAGUGCCAAAUAUUUACGCUUUCGGUGACAUCGGAGAGGGCCGUCCUGAACUGACCCCCACGGCCAUUAAAGCAGGAAAGCUUCUCGCCCGGAGACUGGCCGGUCACAGCGCUGAGCUCAUGAACUACGACAAUGUUGCCACCACAGUGUUCACCCCCCUGGAGUACGGCUGUGUGGGUCUCUCUGAGGAGGAGGCAGAGAUGAGGCAUGGAAAAGACGGCAUAGAGGUAAGACAGUAGUGUGGUGGGAUUUCAUGUGGAGCAUUAAACAGCUCUGGUAGUUUAUAAAUGCUCCUCAGGUCGGGUACUAUCACUUCUAUCUGAACCACUUCUCUUGACCGCUUCCAUCGCUGCAACACCUGUUGACCUGAUAACUGCUCUCAU